AGUGAGCUCACUGCCCUGACCGCAGCGCACAACAAUAUUGAAGUUCGCUUGAAACGCAUCGUGCACCAAGGUUAGGGUCAGCGGCUUACCUAAGAAACACGGUCACAUGAUAGGACCACCUAAUUCAACUUCAGUUUCGAGCCGUGCCUCGAGGCUACGCUGGAUACCCACGAACGGCCACGACCGCCUCUCAUUCAUCCUCCAUGUCUACACAACUAGAAUAUAAACUACAGCCUCUUCGCGACAAAAUUUCUCUCCCUGAAAGCGAAGAAACAUGGGAUGCUAUCGCAAAAGCAAUAUCCAAACUGACUACGCUGAUGCAGGAUGAAGGCGCCGACUAUCCUACUGAACUAGUGCAGACGCUGCGUUCACUAUCCAGGCCGUUGAGUGGUGCUGCACUCUCUGAACGCACCCGUCUCUCAGGUACUGCAUUAGAAUUGUUCAAGUCAUCGGCCGAGAUACUUGGAAAGGAUUUCACUGGCCUCAUUCCGCUCUUCUUGCCCACACUCCUCACGUUAUGCACUCGACCUAAUAAGGUCGUCAUGUCACGGGCGAAGGCAUGCAUACUUGGUAUUAUUGAAUCAACUCAGGCCCCUACCAUCCUUUCAUAUCUUGCAGAAUCUGCGAAAGAUAAGUCAGCGACCCUCCGCCUUGCAGCGGCAGAAUGUGCACUUGCAUGUCUAAAUGGCUUCAACCCUCCUGACCUGGAGAAAGAAACCCGUGCACGCGAAGUGGAGGCCCUCAUCAAAUGUACCGCUACCGAUGCCAGUGCAGAUGUGCGGAAAGUUAGUCGCAAGAUCUUCGACGCGUACAAAAUCCUCUUGCCAAACCGAGUGGAUGGAUUUACAUCACCUCUCACGCCUACUAUCAGGAAGUAUCUAGACAUCAGAUCCAGAGCACCCUCUGCCUCCUCAAAUCCUCCUUCGCGUCCCGCGUCCUCUCAAUCCACGCACUCCGUUAACUCGCUUCAUGCCAUCACCCGUCCUAGGUCUACUGUCCCAUCGUCCUCAUCCUCUACACACCUUUCCAAAAGCUCCUCUUCGCGGAACGGCGAUGGCCAAGGUCAUGGUCGAACCGCUUCAGGCGCAUCACUAACCCAUUCCGAAAGCGGCCAUGCCGUGACCAGGAUGACUGCAAGCUCGUCCAACUCUUCCGUUCGGCCACUCGUAGGACCCUCGCGUCCGCGCCAUCCUCCAAUGCAGAGAGGACCGUCAAGGGCCGAGGGCCGAGAUAUGCCUCCACCACAGUCAUUGCCUUUACGACCACAUGCUUCACCCACUUCUUCAACUGCCUCCGACUAUUUUGCUGAUGUUCCCACAUCCUCAGCAAAGACACCGGGUCCUAUCAGACCAAUGAUGGGGCCUAGCCGAGUUCCUCAUAGUGACUCACAAGAUCCUUCUGCAGCUCCACCCAAACCCAGGGUUAUCGGAGGUGCACGACGGGUACUUUUACCGGAUCCUGCUCUCGCGGUCAAAGACCCGACGGAAGCGAGUACAAGCAAACCACCUAGUAGACCGGGACCGAGUCGUUCCAUUACUGCACCAGCUUCUGAACAGACAAAGAAGCCAACAAGUGGAAGCAGUGCGACUGCGAAAGUCGUCACGAAACCAGUCGUGCGGAAACCGGAUAUUGUAAGACCAAGGACAAUGCCCUCAUCAAGCAGUACGGCUGCGCCGGGUGCAUCGGCGUCAAGAUCUGGUGUAGCGUCGUCUAAGACUGUCACUUCAGGCUCGACAGCCAUAACUGUACGAAAGAGAACUACGAGCUCAGGUCGACUGACCGAGCCCACACAGUCUCAACUUGCUCGGGCGAGGGCUACGACAAAAGUUGUCACGAAUAGGAAGGUUGAGACGGCAAAGCCUAUACCGGGACGAUCCGUGGCAGCGAAAGGUGCUGCACCAGUCAAUGGAAUACCCGUUGGAAAGAGUAAGACAGAAAUGGCGCGCUCAACACGAGCGAAGGCACCUGUGCCGCCGAAAGACGAUCCGGAGGUCCACACUAUACCAGAGACGGUGGUGGAAGCCGCGAAGAUGGUGCCUUUGCCUCCAUCCCCGAAACUCACCCCGUCACCUCCUCCCUCUAUCGUCGAGGCUGCACUGAAGGAAAUUGAAGUAGAUCUCGUUGUCAGUUCGGAAGAGGAUUCCGAAGCAGAACCAGUGCAACAGGUAGAAGCAGGUGAUGUGGUGACACCGAAGUCUAAGGAAAAUACAGACGAAGAGGAGGUGGAUGACGAGGACACCAUCAGGGAAAUGAUGGACGACCCGCAAGAACUUCCUCAGAUAUUCCAAACGAGCCCUUCGACACCUCAAGCGAAGUUCCCAAAACCACAAGCUAUUCCUGAAACUCCAAUUUCAGCAUUGCUUAUGUCGAUACAGAAAGGGUUUGAGUUUUCACCGGCCCCGCCCUUUGAUCCUGACCAGACAAGUACAUUCGGUGGGUUGUUACCUUUGGAUGGCGCGCAAUGUGAGCCUUUGCUCAUUGCAGACAGGAAGGUAGCCCGGCUGAGGAGUUGAUAGCUAAUAGUGGAUUAAGUAGGUACUCAUUGGCGUUGCGGAGGUUAUACUAUCAUACUGUACCAUAACAAAUUCACUAACUUUCGUCGCACUACCUGACUCUUUGCAGCUAACAUGUUUUCUAUGCAGCGUAUCCAAACAUUGGUAGCGCCUUUGUCUAAACAAUAGGAAUGACGUUUUGGGUUGUUGGACGAGGUGACUACAAUGAGACUCUAAUAACCAUCACAAAUAUAUUUAAACCCCG